UUGGCUUAUAAUCACGGUUGCUUCGAUUAGGCGGUAUCUUUAUUUUGUGGCAGUAACGUUAAUUUGGGAAAUAUCCAAUAUAUUAAUUAUUCGUUAUGAUUACUUGAGAACGCUUAUUGAAAAUGCAUUGUAUGAAGAUUCAUUGUAUGGACUCGGUGAACUACAAUUGAAAUUUAAAAUUCGAGAAAUCAAGACAAAGUAUAAGAGACUAUACACAACAAUUCUGGACGUUAACAAAGUUUUUGGACUGCCCUUCCUUUUUUUAAUGAUUUAUAAUUUAAUUUCUAUACUCAAAUGUUUUCAGUGGAGUUUAGAUUACCUCCCUUGGCUUAAAGAUCACGUAGGAAUAUAUGUGCCGGGGUUUGCUGUGUUCAUUUAUCAGUUGAUACAGACGACGUUUUUGAUAAUGGCCUGUGACAGGAUAGAACGCUGCGGAUUGGAUAUCGUCAUCGCAUGCAUUCGAUUGCAAAGAAACAUGGUAUUGUCUCCAAUUAGCGGAGAACUUGAUUAUCUCAAAAAAUAUUUGGAAAAACUAGCUCCAAAAUUCACUUUGGCUGGCUGCAUACUCGUCAACAGACAAACUUUAGCGUCACUUAUUCCAUUAAUAGCUUCAUAUCUUAUAGUCAUAAUACAACAGCAAUAAGUGGUGAACGGAUCAAGAAAAAAUAAACGUGUUUUGAAAAUAUAUGCAAUCGGAUAUGGGAUAAUAUAAAUAUCCAAAUAUCGGAAUAAAUGUAAAUAAUCAGCUUUCCACUCAUUACCAAAGUUUGAACUUAUUUUUGCACUGUUGCCGUGAAGAAACAUUUCAGAUUUCAAAAAAUCAACAAUUGUGAAUUACAACAAAUUUGACACUUUUAGGACUAUCAUUGAGGUAAAGUCACUAAUGCGCAUGGCCACUGUCCACUAUGUAAUGUUUCUGGAUUUCCAUAAAUGAUACGA